AUGAGUUACGGAAAGAAAGCUGCAGAAAGGUUAGCAAACAAGUCAAUUCUUAUUACAGGGUGCUCCCUGGGUAUUGGUGAAGCUGCUUGUUUUGAGUUGGCUGAAGUUACCCCAAAUAUCAAAUUGAUUAUAACUGCUAGAAGAGUUGAAAAGUUGGAAGCAUUAAAACUGAAAUUGGAAAAAGAGUAUCCUGGCAUCAAAGUAUUGGCAAAAUCUUUGGAUAUCUCCAAAUUGGAAACCAUUGCACCAUUCAUUUCUGAUUUGCCUCAAGAAUUUGCGGAUAUUGACAUAUUGGUCAACAAUGCUGGAUUGGCCUUGGGUAAAGAGCCUGUUGGUGAAGUUGCCUUGAACGAUGUAGUCACCAUGUUUCAAACCAAUGUCUUGGGGCUUAUUACAUUAACACAAGCUGUCUUGCCAAUCAUGAAAAAGAAGGACUCAGGAAGCAUUGUGUCUAUUGGUAGUAUUGCUGGAUUGGUUGCCUACGAAGGAGGGUCCAUUUACAACGCUUGUAAAGCAAGUGUUCGUUUCUUUAUGGAUGCGCUUCGUAAGGAAUUAAUCUCAACCAAGAUUAGAAGUAUCUUGAUUAGCCCAGGGGCAGUCAAGACUGAAUUUUCAAAUGUUCGUUUCAGAGGCGACGAUUCAAAAGCUGAUAGUGUUUACAAGGGAACAGAGCCGCUCACUGCUGAAGACAUUGCUGAAGUUAUUGUGUUUACAUUGACCAGAAGAGAAAAUUUGGUUGUUGCGGAAACGUUGGUGUUUCCAAAUGGUCAAGCAUCUCCUUUCCACAUUUAUAGAAAUAACUAG